UCUGGAAACUGCCUGCUGGAUUUUCUACUACUGCGAUCGAACCCGCCGCUCAGUCUGCCUGCUGCCGCUGCGGGGACUCCGUGGAUGGAAAAUGUAGUAUAAAAGCAGCCGGAGAAGUCUGUACAGAUUGCUGUGAACCUCUGAGUGAAGAUGGCCUUCUUUCAGAACAACUUCUGGGGGGAGAAGAAUGCCGGCUUUGACGUGCUCUACCACAACAUGAAGCAUGGCCAGCUGGCAACCAAAGAGCUCGCCGAGUUUGUCCGUGAGAGGGCAGCCAUUGAAGAGACGUACGCCAAAUCAAUGAGCAAACUGGCAAAGGUGGCGAGUAACGGGAGUCCACUGGGGACGUUUGCUCCCAUGUGGGACGUGUUCAGGGUGUCAUCAGACAAACUGGCCCUCUGUCACCUGGAGCUGAUGAGGAAGAUGAACGAUCUCAUCCGGGACAUCAACAAGUACGGAGAUGAGCAGGUCAAAAUUCACCGCAAGACAAAGGAAGAGAUGGUGGGGACAGUGGAGGCAGUGCAGGCACUGCAGGUUCAAACUGGUCACCUUCAGAAGUCGAAGGAGUCUUACCACGGCAAGUGUUUGGAGCUGGACCGCCUCAGGAAGGACGGGGGUCCACAGAAAGAACUGGAGAAGGCGGAGCUGAAGUCCAAGAAAGCAGCAGAGUCAUUUGCGUUGUGCAUUGAGAAGCACAACCGCGUGGGAGGAGAGUUUGAGCAGAAGAUGAGCGGGUCUGCCCAGAGGUUUCAGGAAAUCGAAGAGGUUCACCUGCGGCAGAUGAAACAGCUGAUCAAAGGUUACUCCCACUCCAUAGAAGACACCCACGUCCAGGUGGGACAGGUGCAUGAGGAAUUCAAGCAGAACGUGGAAAACAUCGGCAUCGACAACCUCAUCCAGAAAUUUGCCGAGCAGAAGGGCACGGGCAAGGACAGGCCAGCUCUGGCUGGUUUUGAGGAGUACAUGACAGCUUUGGCACCUGAAGGUGGCAAGAAGAGUCGAGCUAAAGCUUUUAGGAUCCCGGGCCUGGGCAAGAGGGACAAGGAGCCAGACUCUACGGAUUCAGCAGUGACUGAGACACUGAACUCGCCACUGGAAGUGGACGAUGAAGGAUUUGUCAUCCGAGCCGACAGCACCCAGAAUGGCUGCUCUGAUGAGAAGGAGAACAACUUCUACUCCAGUGAUUCAGAUUUCGAUGAUGAGGAGCCCAAAAAGUUCCACAUCCAGAUCCGACCGGUCACCACGAGUAAUCGCGGCAACUCUGCCACCACAGAAAAAGAGCUGAAGGCCACUGUUGGGACGCUCACCCUGCCGCCCAAUCGAGGUUUACGGCAACAGGUGUCAGUCAAGCGGCAUCUUUCCAGAAACUCAAGUACUGCAGGAGGUCGAUCAGAAGAAGAUGAUGCCGCCUCCCACAGGGAUGGAGAGCAGGAAGGCCUACGCAGGUCCACCUCCAGUCCUGAUCACAGCAGGUUGAGCUCCACAGCGUCGGUGUCAGACAGUCUGUUUGGACCUCCGCUGGAGUCUGCCUUCAAGUCCAAAAGCUUUGAUGGCAGGGAGCAACUUAGAGACCAGAGCUUCGGUGCCUCUGAGUAUGCUGCCUUCUCGUCUGACUCCUCUUCACCUGAGAAUGUUGAAGACUCUGGUCUGGACUCGCCUUCCCAUCAGACCCUUGGACCCUCACCAGAGCCGGUGGGUUGGGCAGCUUGGCCUCCUGUGUCACAGAGUAAAGCUCAAACCCGGGGACGGCCCGCGGACCCUUUUCUCAGUGCUUUCCGUGACCCCUCGCCUGCUCGCAGCCCGCACCCUCAAGAAGACCCUGCUAGAGUCUGGUCUGUUGCCCCAUCUCGUCCCUCUGGGCUUCCCACAGAAAUGGAGCCCUCAUCGAUGCAGUUUCCUCCUUUCUCUCAGCCCCUCUUCCCUCCUGAGACAGAGUCAUCGGUGUGGAACUGUAAACACAUCCCCCCCGAGGAUCCCUUCCUCACCGCGUUUGAGAGGACGGUCACACAGGAGCCCUUAAACCUGUCUGACGCUUGGGCUCGCCCGCCUCCUCGCCCAAACCAGGAGAGCAGGGGCAUGGAGGUGCGAGGGGACCCGUUCUCCGUUACCCCGACUGACACUAAGACACUCCCAAACUCCACCUCCUUCUCUUCAUCCUCAUCCAAUCGUAAAGACAGAGAUAGGAAACGAGAUCGCAGCCUCCCACCCCCUGUUUCCUCUGAUGACCCGUUUGCAAUCACAAUGAUUGGCAGCCCAACACAUCAGUCUUCUCUGGCUGCAGCGGCUGGAUUAAUUCCUCCUCACAGCAGCAGCAGCAGCAGUAGCAGCAGCAGUACUGUGGGUGGUGGCUCUGUAAACAGCAAUAAACCGGGUCUUAAUGCUACUUCAAGCUCUUUGCCCACAGUCCAGACAAAGAAGGAGCUGAUGCACUGGAACUCUGUCCACAAUCCGUUUAGUGAGAGUGUCUCUGGAGCACUGAGCAGCUCCAAAACACUGGACGGAGGAGGAAAAGCAGAGGGAGGAGCAGCAGGGGAGAGGAGAAAGCACAGAUCAUCAGAAAGUGAACCACGCAGGAACGCUCCCCCACUCACGAGGCAUUCAGGCCCACAGGAAGAUCUGUGUUUCUCAACAGACAAAGACCAAGACUGUUUGGACCUGAACACACAAAUAACGUGCAGUGUCAGCUCUCACAAGGGGUCCAAGCCUAACUACAGACAGGACACGUCUGAAGUGGUUACAGCUGCUCCACAGAGAGCGAACAGGACCAAGAGGACUUCAGGCCGAUUAAGUGGCUGUGAGAGAUCACGUUCCCUGUGCUCCUCCCCACUGCCGGAGCCCAACCCUUCCCUCACCUCCUCCUCCUCCUCCAGUCCCAGUGAGUGGGGGAAUCAGAACCGAGCUCCCAGUCCUACCAGGAUGGGACAAGCCUCCCCGCUGCCCUACCAGCACCAGGACCAGCAACCAAGACAGUUGCACCUGUCCAGAGGACCCAGUCCCAUUUCCCUCAGCACACAGGAGGCCUGGCCAGUGGCAGCAGCCAUAACUGAGUAUGUCAAUGCCUACUUCAAAGGUGGACAACACAACCGCUGUCUGGUGAAGAUCACAGGCGACCUGACCAUGUCCUUCCCAGCAGGCAUCACCAGGAUUUUCACAGCCAACCCCAACGUUCCUGUCCUCAGCUUCAGACUGGUCAACAUCUCCAAGAUUGAUCACUUCCUGCCGAAUCAGAAGCUGCUCUACAUUGAUCCGUCUCAGACCGACCCAGACACCAGAGACUUCUGGUUCAACAUGCAGGCUCUGCAGGUCUACCUGCAGAAAGAAGCUGAACUCAACCCACAGGUGUCUUAUCACAAUGUCGGCGUGCUAAAGUACCAGGUGUCCUCCCAGGAUCCGGGUCGGGCUCCUCUCCUGUUAUCAGCCGAGUGUCAGCGAAGCGGCACAGUGACCCGAGUGUCUCUGGAUUAUCACUGCUGCCCCGCCACUGCUCCCUCCACCCAACUCAACGCUGUCCAGGUGCUGCUGCCAUUAGACCACAACGCCACUGACCUGCAGUGCCAGCCGCCCGCCUCCUGGAAUGCUGAAGAAAGACGGCUGCUGUGGAAACUCCCCAACCUCUCCCCAACCAAUCACAGCAAAGGCUCAGGGACGCUGUGUGCCAGCUGGCAGUGCCUGGAGGUUCCCCGCGGCCCUGCACCCAGCCUGGCUGUCCAGUUCGUGGGCUCCGGGGCCUCGCUGUCGGGCAUGGACGUGGAGCUGGUGGGCAGCCGCUACCGCAUGUCGCUCGUCAAGAAGAGAUUUGCCACAGGGAAGUACAUGGCAGGCUGCUCUUUGUGAAUCACUGAGGCACCAUCACUGCAGGUUCACAGAACUGAGUCAAGUACCUGAGAGCUGACUGGUGGUGAGGGAUUUAAACAAAACAAAAGGAGGUUCCUUUACUCUGCCUUGAAGGACAGUGUGUGUCCUGCUGUUUUAGGACCAAGUCUUUUCUUCUUUUUCCUCUUAAUUUAAGUCGUAAAAACACUCCGUCUUUUCCUAUUCAAUCUCCUUUGUUGACAUUAUUGUGUUUUGUGUGCCUUUGUAUGUAGAGACCACAAGCUAAGCUAGUUGGUGGAUUUUUUUUUUCAUGCAUUACGGAGGAAAGUGAAACAUAUUCCUGUGUUGCCAUGGAAAAAGUAAUAUUUAAAUGAUGUAAAUACUAGAGGUCAAACAGGAUCCUCUAUCCAAACCUUAGGAAAAAGAAAAAGAAAGUAAUGUUUGUAAAUCUUCUGUUUGUUUCCUAUUGGAGGUUUUGUGAUGUUGAUAUUUGAUUAAAAAAAUUAAUAAAUGUG